ACUCACACUUAAGAGAACACAAAAAUUUCCCCUUCGUAAGAGAAAAUUUAGUUGUCAAAUUUUUGACAGUUGCCGAGUAACAUUAGCAAAGAACAAAUAUAUUUUUACAAAGCAUUUUCCCUUUCAGUCAUCGUCGAGGCGUCGUCGGGCAGAUAUCUUUUUCAAGGCGUAGCUCCACGCGAAUUUCUAGUUCCGGUUCGUGUACACACUUGAAUGAGUGUUCUUUAAAAAAAAAUAAACCAACCCUUGUGGAUUAAUAAAUUCAUACAAUAAAAUCUUCAUUGGAUUACAUUUUUGGAUUAAUACACAGAUUGGAUAACAGAUUGGAUAUAAAAACACUUUUUGGAUAAUUUGCAAACUAUAACGUUCGCAUCAACAACGCGCGUAAAUUCGCUCGCGUUCGCGGCGUUUAGCAAAAACUAACUUACCAAAAAAAAAAAAAAAUCCCGUGUUCGUCCGGGUCGUCUAAUAACAGCGAUCUUUUCAUCAGAUCCAUAUUGAUCGAGUGUUGUGUCUAAAAUAAUAAUAAAAAAUAUUGUGAAGUGCUAUAGUUAAAUAAAAAUACAUUAAAUAAAAUUAAUAGUUAAGAAAUUGAGUGCUAAAUAGAGUUUUAAUAAAAAAAAAAUAUAAAAGUUACAAAUUAAUUGUAUCGAGUGAAGUUAAUUAUUAAAAGUAUUAAAAACCAACAACAGAAGCAGAGUAACUCCAUUAAAAUGGGAUAUUCUAUAAUUAAGUGGAUAACAUUAAUUGCAGCAUUUAUUGCUCUCGGUAACGCUGGCAAUCCCCCAGAUGCCGACCAAAAAGGACCCGCUUUUCUCAAGGAACCAACCAACCGAAUCGAUUUUUCCAACUCAACUGGUGCCGAAGUUGAAUGCAAAGCUAGCGGAAAUCCCUUGCCCGAAAUAAUUUGGAUCCGAAGUGACGGUACAGCGGUUGGUGACGUUCCUGGUUUGCGGCAAGUGUCAUCUGAUGGCAAAUUGGUGUUCCCACCGUUCCGCGCUGAAGACUAUCGCCAGGAAGUUCAUGCCCAGGUUUAUGCGUGUUUGGCAAGAAAUCAAUUUGGAUCGAUUAUUUCACGGGACGUCCAUGUUAGAGCCGUUGUAAUUCAAUCAUAUGAAUCUGAAGCCGAUAAUGAGUAUGUUAUUCGUGGAAAUUCUGUUGUUAUGAAAUGUGAAAUACCAUCGUAUGUUGCUGAUUUUGUUUACGUUGAUCUAUGGAUGGAUUCUGAGGGCACAACUUACUAUCCAGAUAAUGAAAAAGAGACUGUUGUACAUCAAUUUUAUCAAACACGAGUUAUUGAUGAAUUUGUCUUGCGUGGUAAUUCAGCAACAUUGAAAUGUUUAGUUCCAUCAUUUGUUGCUGAUUUUAUUGAUGUUGAAGCUUGGAUUGAUGAAGAGGGUGUUGAAAUGUAUCGAAAUGGAAAUGAAAUUGUUGUGAAUCAAUAUUUCCAAUCUCAAGUUUAUGAUGAAUAUGUGAUUAAGGGAAAUUCAGCAAUUUUUAAAUGUCAAACUCCAUCUUUUGUUGCUGAUCAUGUUGAUAUUACCGAUUGGGUUGAUACUGAUGGAGGAGCUUAUAUUAAAAAUGGUUCUUCGGUUGUUCCCCAAUCAUAUACCGUUAAUGUUAUGGAUGAAGCUGUUCUACGUGGUAAUAGUGCAAUAUUAAAAUGUCAUAUACCAAGUUUUGUGGCUGAUUUCAUUUCGGUUUCAUCGUGGGUUGAAGAUGAAGAAAGAGAAAUAUUUUCGACAAAUGAUGCAGGACAGUUUCCAAUUGACGGAAAAUACUUAGUUCUACCAUCUGGUGAAUUGCAUAUUCGUGAAGUUGGACCUGAAGAUGGCUAUAAAAGUUACCAAUGUCGUACCAAACAUCGUUUAACUGGUGAAACUAGAUUGAGUGCAACAAAGGGACGAUUGGUAAUUACAGAACCUGUAGGAAGUGUUAGUCCCAAGCUUACUGCUGGUGAUGAGUCCAUAAGAAUACCAAAAGUUAAAAGCAAUCAUAGUGCUACAAUGAUGUGUCCAGCUCAAGCAUAUCCAGUUCCAAUUUUUAGAUGGUAUAAAUUCAUCGAAGGAACAACCCGCAAACAAGCUGUUAUAUUGAAUGAACGCGUGAAACAAGUAUCUGGAACUCUGAUCAUCAAAGAUGCUGUUGUUGAAGAUUCUGGCAAAUAUCUGUGUGUGGUAAAUAAUUCUGUUGGAGGCGAGAGUGUUGAGACUGUCCUUACUGUCACAGCCCCAUUAGCAGCCAAAAUUGAUCCACCCACACAAACUGUUGACUUUGGACGUCCUGCCGUUUUCACCUGCCAAUAUACUGGAAAUCCAAUCAAAACCGUAAGCUGGCUUAAGGAUGGCAAGAAAAUUGGACACAGUGAUCCAGUGUUGCGUAUUGAAUCGGUUAAGAAAGAAGACAAAGGCAUGUAUCAGUGUUUCGUACGCAAUGAUCAGGAAAGUGCUGAAGCUAGUGCUGAAUUGAAAUUGGGUGGACGUUUUGAUCCUCCUGUGAUUCGUCAAGCAUUCCAAGAAGAAACCAUGCAUCCUGGACCAAGUGUAUUUUUGAAGUGUGUUGCUGGCGGAAAUCCUACACCUGAAAUCUCAUGGGAAUUAGACGGAAAGAAAAUUGCUAACAAUGACAGAUAUCAAGUUGGACAGUAUGUUACAGUGAAUGGAGAUAUUGUUUCGUAUUUGAAUAUUACUUCGGUUCAUGCUAACGAUGGUGGUUUGUACAAGUGCAUUGCAAGCAGUAAAGUUGGAAUUGCUGAGCAUUCAGCUAAGUUGAAUGUCUAUGGAUUACCUUACAUUAGGCAAAUGGAAAAGAAAGCUAUUGUUGCUGGAGAGAAUUUAAUUGUUACAUGCCCUGUUGCUGGAUAUCCUAUUGAUUCGAUCGUGUGGGAAAGAGAUAACCGUGCCUUACCAAUCAACCGAAAACAGAAAGUCUUCCCCAACGGAACACUCAUCAUUGAAAAUGUCGAAAGAAAUUCAGAUCAAGCUACUUAUACUUGUGUUGCUAAAAAUGUUGAAGGAUAUUCCGCACGUGGUUCACUAGAAGUUCAAGUUAUGGUUCCGCCACAAAUAAUGCCAAUUAUGUUUGGUGAAGAACCAUCAAAUUUUGGUGACAGCACUGCUGUCAAUUGUAUGGUAUUCAAAGGUGAUCUGCCAUUAAAAAUUGAAUGGUCGCUGAAUGACAAACCAAUUACAAAUGAACUCGAUGGUAUUCGUAUAAUGAAAAUGUCACAAAAAUUAAGUUCACUAAGUAUUGAUUCGAUAAAUGAUCAUCAUCGUGGGAUUUUCAAGUGUAUUGUUAAGAAUAAAGCUGGAUCAGCUGAACAAUCUGCUGAAUUGCUUGUUAAUGUUCCACCACAAAUUUUGCCCAUUAUGUUUGGUGAAGAACCAUCGAAUUUUGGCGACAGCACUGCUGUUCAAUGUAUGGUUUUCAAGGGUGAUCUUCCAUUGAAAAUCGAAUGGUCUUUGAAUGACAAUCCAAUCACAAAUGAAUUAGGUGGGAUAAGGAUUAUGAAAAUGUCACAAAAAUUAAGCUCUUUAAGUAUUGAUUCGAUAAGUGAUCAUCAUCGUGGGAUAUUUAAGUGCAUUGCAAUAAAUAAAGCUGGAUCCACUGAACAAUCCGCUGAAUUGCUUGUUAAUGUCCCACCCCAAAUCCUUCCAUUCUCAUUUGGAGAUGAAGCAACCAAUUCUGGUGAUAGUAUGGGAGUACAGUGUUCGGUAACUAAAGGAGAUCUUCCUAUAAAUAUAUCAUGGACUCAUAAUAAUAAAACAUUGAUAAGUGGUGACUCUGAUAUAAUUCUGGGAAGAAUGUCAUCAAAAUCAAGUACGCUGAAUAUCGAUUAUAUAUCUGGAGAUCAUCGUGGGGAAUAUGCUUGCAUUGCUACAAACAUUGCUGGACAAAGUGUUUUUCGAGCUGAAUUAAAAGUCAAUGUACCACCAAGAUGGAUUCUCGAACCAACUGACAAAGCCUUUGCCCAAGGAUCAGACGCUAAAGUUGAAUGCAAAGCUGAUGGCUUCCCAAAACCAUCUGUAACAUGGAAACGAGCUGUCGGUGAUACCCCCGGAGAAUACAAAGACCUCAAAAAGAACGAUAAUAUUCGCGUAGAAGAAGGCACCCUCCUCAUUGAUAACAUUCAAAAGAACAACGAAGGCUACUACCUCUGCGAAGCUAUCAACGGAAUCGGAUCAGGACUUUCUGCUGUCAUCAUGAUCAGUGUUCAAGCCCCACCAGAAUUCACAGAAAAACUGCGCAAUCAAACUGCCCGACGAGGAGAACCAGCUGUAUUACAAUGCGAAGCCAAGGGAGAGAAACCAAUUGGAAUCUUAUGGAACAUGAACAACAUGCGAUUGGACCCCAAGACCGACAACCGAUACACAAUUCGCGAAGAAAUCCUAUCUACCGGUGUUAUGUCAAGCCUUUCUAUCAAACGUACUGAACGAUCAGAUUCUGCUCUCUUCACAUGUGUCGCAACAAAUGCCUUUGGAAGCGAUGACGCUAGCAUAAAUAUGAUUAUCCAAGAAGUUCCUGAAAUGCCAUAUGCCUUGAAAGUUCUCGACAAAUCUGGACGUUCUGUACAAUUGAGCUGGGCCCAACCCUACGAUGGUAAUUCACCACUUAACCGAUACAUCAUUGAAUUCAAACGAUCACGUGCAUCAUGGGAUGAAAUCGAUCGAGUCAUGGUACCUGGACACACCACCGAAGCACAAGUACAAAAACUUAGCCCUGCCACAACUUAUAAUAUUCGAAUUGUUGCUGAAAAUGCCAUUGGAACAUCACAAUCUAGCGAAGCUGUUACAAUUAUCACUGCCGAAGAAGCACCAUCUGGCAAGCCAGCAAAUAUCAAAGUUGAACCAGUUAAUCAGACAACAUUGCGUGUGACAUGGAAGCCACCAGCACGUAACGAAUGGAAUGGAGAAAUUUUGGGAUAUUAUGUUGGUUAUAAACUAUCGAAUACUAAUAGCUCAUAUGUUUUCGAGACUGUUAACUUUUUGACUGAAGAAGGCAAGGAACAUAGCUUGGAGUUGAAUAAUUUGAGGGUUUACACUCAAUACUCGGUUGUAAUUCAGGCAUUUAAUAAAAUUGGAGCGGGACCAAUGAGCGAUGAAGAGAAACAAUUCACUGCCGAAGGCACACCAAGCCAACCACCUAGCGAUACUGCCUGCACAACAUUGACAUCACAAACAAUUCGCGUUUCAUGGGUUAGUCCACCAUUGGAAUCGGCAAAUGGAGUUAUUAAGACAUAUAAGGUUGUGUAUGCACCAAGCGAUUUGUGGUAUGAUGAAACUAAACGCCAUUACAAAAAGACUGCAUCCUCUGACACUGUUUUACAUGGCUUGAAAAAAUACACUAACUACACAAUGCAAGUUUUGGCUACAACUGCUGGAGGUGACGGUGUUCGAAGUGCUCCAAUUCAUUGUCAAACUGAACCCGAUGUUCCUGAAGCCCCCACCGAUGUAAAAGCUUUAGUUAUGGGACAUGAAGCUAUCCUUGUAUCAUGGCGUCCACCAGCACAACCCAACGGUGUCAUUCAGCAAUACACAGUCUAUUCGAAAGUUGAAGGAGCCGAAGGUGAACCAAAGAGCAAGAAAAUCCCCCACUAUCAAAUGAGCUUGGAAGCAAACGAAUUGGAAAAGAACAAACCAUACGAAUUCUGGGUUACAGCUAGUACAAAUAUUGGUGAAGGACAACCCUCAAAGAGUAUUGUUGCCAUGCCAAGUGAUCAAGUUCCUGCUAAAAUUGCCUCAUUCGAUGACACAUUUACUGCCACAUUCAAAGAAGACGCUAAGAUGCCUUGUUUAGCUGUUGGAUCACCUACACCUGAUAUUACAUGGAAAAUCAAGGGAAUCGAAUUCACUCCAAAUGAUCAUAUGCGAUUGUUACCCGAUGGAUCUUUGUUAAUUAAAUCUGCUACUCGUCAAGAUGCUGGAGAAUAUUCGUGCCAUGCUGAAAACUCUAUUGCCAAGGAUUCGAUUACACACAAAUUGAUUGUAUUGGCUCCACCUCAAUCACCACAAGUUUCGAUAACUGCAACCACAACUGAUGCCUUGACUGUUAAAUUGAAGCCACAUGAAGGUGAUUCAGCUCCUCUCCAUGGAUAUACUCUACAUUAUAAACCAGAAUUCGGCGAAUGGGAAACAGCUGAAGUAUCAGUCGAAGCUCAAAAAUACACAAUUGAAAAUCUCUUCUGCGGAUCAAGAUAUCAAGUUUAUGCCACUGGAUUCAAUAACAUUGGAGCUGGAGAAGCAUCGGACAUCCAAAAUACACGCACCAAAGGACAAAAACCAAAAACACCAGAAAAAGCACGAUUCAUUGAAGUCUCAUCGAACUCAGUUAGCUUACAUUUUAAGGCAUGGAAAGAUGGCGGUUGCCCAAUGUCUCACUUUGUUGUUGAAAAUAAGAAACGCGAUCAAACUGAAUGGAAUCAAAUCUCAAAUAAUGUGAAGCCCGAUAAUAACUACGUUGUGCUAGAUCUUGAACCAGCUACAUGGUAUAACUUACGUAUCACUGCACACAAUUCAGCUGGUUUUACUGUUGCUGAAUAUGAUUUUGCUACAUUAACUGUUACCGGAGGGACUGUUGCCCCAUUGGACGAUGGCAUUGGUUCGGGUAAUAUCCAUACCAGGAUCCGGAUGCCAGCAUGGAUGCCAGAAUGGUUAGAUUUGAACUUUAUGGUGCCAUUGAUUGCAACAUGCAUUGUUGUUGCGGUGGGUAUACUAGUUGUGUGUGUAGCGCUAUCAAGACGAAGAGCUGAUGACAUGCGUGGCGGACAAAAGGAUGUUUACUACGAUGUAGUUUACAAUCAGACAAUGGGACCUGGAGCUACUUUGGACAAAAGGCGACCAGACUUGCGUGAUGAAUUGGGAUACAUUGCACCACCAAAUAGGAAAUUACCACCCGUACCCGGAUCCAACUACAACACUUGCGACAGGAUUAAGCGAGGUACAGUUAUAAGCCGUGGCAUGCGUUCAAACCACUCAACAUGGGAUCCACGUCGACCAAUCUACGAAGAAUUGAAGCCACCACCAGUACCAAGACAUUAUGGUCACAGUCAUGGUAAUGAAGAAUGCUAUUACAGACAUCCAGGUAUGGAAGAUGAGAUCUGCCCCUAUGCUACUUUCCACUUGCUCGGCUUCCGUGAAGAAAUGGAUCCUACAAAGGCAAUGAACUUCCAGACUUUCCCUCAUCAAAACGGACACACCGGACCCGGACAUGCCGGAACUAUGGGACCACCAGGACAUCCAGGACACGUACACUCCCGAUCAGGCUCCCAAUCAAUGCCACGUGCCAACCGAUAUGCCCGCAAGAACAGCCAAGGAGGACAGAGCUCAAUUUACACACCAGCACCUGAAUAUGAUGAUCCUGCUAAUUGUGCUGAAGAAGAUCAAUAUCGCCGUUAUACUCGUGUCAACUCACAAGGUGGAAGUCUUUACAGCGGACCUGGACCCGAAUACGAUGACCCAGCUAAUUGUGCACCAGAAGAAGAUCAAUAUGGCUCUCAAUAUGGCGGACCAUACGGUACACCAUACGAUCACUAUGGUUCUCGUGGAUCUGUUGGACGUCGCAGUGUCGGAUCAUCUCGUAAUAUGCCAGGUAAUGGAUCUCCUGAACCACCACCACCACCACCACGCAACCAUGACAUGAGCAAUUCUUCAUUCAAUGACUCCAAGGAGAGCAAUGAGAUCUCAGAAGCUGAAUGUGAUCGUGAUCAUGGACCAAGGGGCAAUUAUGGCGAAGACUCCAAGGAGGCUAAACGAUCUCCGCAUCAAAAGGAUCAACGUACAACUGAAGAAAUGCGAAAAUUAAUCGAAAGAAACGAAGCCGGCGCAAAACAAUUCCAACAACAAAGUGGCGCAGGAUUCACAGCCUACGAUACUAUGGCAGUGUAAUUUGUAAACUCGCAACAUCAUAAAUUAUACAUCAAAUAAUUUAAAUAAUUAAAAAAAAAAAAAAAAACCAA